CCGGCGGCGACGUCUCGAAGCAAGAAGAGCAAGCAAGCCAUGUGCGGCGGCGCGAUCCUCGCCGAGUUCAUCCCGGCGAGGGUGCACCGGAGCCUGACUGCCGCCGAGCUCUUGCCGGAGGCUUCCUCCUCUGCCGAGAGGAGACCCGCCCGGAAGAGGAAGGCUUCUUCUUCCCAUGAUGACUUCGAGGCAGAGUUCGAGCUCUUCGAGGACAACGACGACGACGCGGAGCUCGAGCUUUCCGACGAGGAGGAGGCUUUGGCUGUGCCAUGUGUGUCGUCGAAGUCGAAGCCUUUUUCCUUUGCGUAUUCGGACGUUUCUUCGAGCUCCAGGCGCCGGCCUCGCAUGGCGGCCGGCCGAGAGACGAGCGGGAAGAAGUACAGGGGCGUCCGGUGCCGGCCGUCGGGCAGAUGGGCGGCUGAGAUCAGGGACCCGCGGAAGGGGCGGCGGGUGUGGCUCGGCACGUACGGCAGCGCCGAGGAGGCCGCCAUGGCCUACGACCGCGAGGCCCGCCGCAUCCGCGGCCAGGCCGCGAGGCUCAACUUCCCGCGGCCGCGCGAAGGUGGUUGCUCUCCUCGCCGGACGACGAACCGGCCCCGCUGGGCCAUCGACCUGAACCUCCCCGCGGCCGUCUCCGACGACGACGACAUGGCUGUCGACGCCGCCGUCGCAGGCAAUGCUGGCCGUGCAGGGAGAGGGAGCGAGCCGGUGGACAGCAAGAUCAAGAAGCUGAUCAAGCACGGCCCUCACGUGGAGAGCGCCAUGCCACCCGAGCUCAUCAUGGAGGACGCGAGCUGCAGCAGCGCAGCCCGCGGGGCGCUGCAGCUGCAGUACGCGGCGCUGAUCUCCGACUGCGACCGUGAGCUGGAGGAGAUCGCCGCCCUGGAGAGGGACGUCGAGAGGCGCCGGAGGCAGGUGUGCGAGCAGAGGCGCCACUUCGUCAGGAAGGCGUCUCUUCUGCUCGACUGAUGAUCAUACGUUCUACCUUGUGCUGAACUCUGAAUGUUUUGAGCUUGUCUGAACUCUACACUGUGCCACCCUGUUUCACUGCAUUGUGAUUUGUGAGGCUGACAUGUGGGCCAUACAUCAGUGGCCUAUUGAAGCAACAACAUCAGGAAAUUCAGGAUCGAACAUCUGAGAAAGCUUUCAGGUUUCUGGAAUUUCUGGUGCUUUUUUUGUGAUCAGCUGCAAGCAACACUCUCUAUGCUCAGCAGAGCAGGUGCAGGUACCUGUGUGAAGUUUGUGUCUGUGUGUGGGUAUUGUAUUCUUGUAACUUUGCAAGCUAUAAAUUUGUGAGGAAGAGUAGUGUUUGCUUGGUGUGUAAGAAUACAAAUAAAUAGCAAGUGAGUGUUAGUUUUCAGCUCUA